AUGGAUAAGAUUGCAUCGAGCCAACAGCAACAACCGUCUAGCCCGCAGGGUUCUCCAGCACCAUUAUGUAUUCCGGCGCUACGGCGCACUGGUAGUCUUCCCUCUGAGACUGGGCAGAAACCCGUUAGCGACUAUGAAUCUGGUAAGGUGACCUCUCAUGCCUCACCAUCUAGAGUCGAAUUUCCAUCACUGCCCAGCUCACUCAGGAUCUCUACGCUUUCUCCCACGCGGCCGGAAGAAAUUACUGAUCCACAUGACCUGGCUAGCGGCGACAAUGGUCGCCAAGAACCGCCAAAGGUCAAAUGGAAGUUAAGACCGAGAACGGCAGCACUUGCUAAGAAUCGCCGUUCCCCCAGCAAGUCUAGCUUCGAUUCCAACGACGAGGACACUAGUGAUGGUGACUAUACUGGGCGGCGAAAACGGCGUAGAAACCCACCUGGCUCCAAGAUGCCAAACAAACGUCACUAUCGCUCAAGUGGCUUCGAGAGAUCCCCUGGCCCACACAGCAUCUCCACGCCGCCAUCUUCUCAGAUUCAUAGCGACGAAGAGGAUAUUCCAGGGACGCCUACCGCGGCAUUCGAGGAAUGGCCUCUUCAGGGCGCUGUCCUAAAGCGGGUAACGGUGGGCAACUAUACCAUCUUCCAGUUGCAAUUUACCUGCCCCAGCGUAUCCCGAGGGGCCUGUAGCUGUACAAAUAGAAAUCGAGAGGACCGGCCAUCUACUGGAACAGAACUCUCUAUGGAGCAAGGCAUGUUACGCACCGUUGGUUCCGAGGCUGAAGGCUCCAUACAAGAUUGCAAUGAAGAAUAUGCUGUGGAGCAGAUUCGGGGCCAUAAAUUCACCAAGCCCGGUAAUAAAGGGCUCCAGCUCCACGUUAAAUGGCGCAACUUUCAAAAAUUGACUUGGGAACCGGUGGAAUUAAUGGAAGGCACGGAAGCAUACGAUACAUAUCUGAAGGGUAAUGACAUCUCCCGACCUUCCAAAACAUGCAAACGUGGUCGACCGAAGAAGCCCAAUAUCAUGGAUCAAGAGAAAUUACAGAUCUCUUUGUCUUAA